AUGGCUGAAGAGGACAUCGAUCAGGACGCCCUCUACUGGAAUGCAUACACAUUGCUUCACUCCUCCUUCCUAAAGGCGAAGAAGAAGUUGCUGCUGCUCACCCUUGCACAGGACCAGCUCAAUACCCGGCGAGUUGCUGCUAUCUUGGUGGCUUACGGGGGGCUAAGCUUUUCGGACGGCAUGAGCCAGAAUCGGACUUCAGGCAGCGGGCGCUCCGUGGCCUUGGAGCCCCUUUCAGGAGAGGACAUACCUCACCCGGUGUACGUGGCGCAUGGCGGUCUCUGCUCUGACUCGAGUGGCCUUGGCGCCCUCAUUGAGGAAGGCUUGGGAGAGGUUGGUUGGGAGGAUGUGCUCGCGAUCGUCCGCAGCCAUCCGACAUCCAAGUUGCACCAGUUGCUGGAGGACACCUUAGACUGGUCUUGGCAGAUUGACAAGUUCUGGCGGUGCUGGCGCGAGUUGGGCGUCCCUGACGCCGAAACGCUGGAAGGCGAGAUCGCCCACGCAGCUCGCGACUUCGAGCUGCUUUUGAAUAACCGGCCGCGCCUGCUGUACUCGGAGUUCCUGGGCUCCAAGCUCCGCCCGGUGGAGGUGAAGUAUUUUCGAGCAGAUCUCACAGAUCUGCCCUUUCUGGCGGGUGAUGAGAGCUUCUUCUUGCUCUCGAAGUUUGCAGAGAAGCCGGUGAUUGAACUCCUCCGCGAGUCUAUGCAGGUCCCACCGCCCAGGACUGCCAUCAGCGCGCUGGUUGCCAAGUACCAGGGCCUGGCGGAGCACAUCGCCGUUGUCGUGGGGACGGAACGCGAAGACGAGUACAUCCAGACCCUGAACAUGGCAGAGGACGCAUCGAGCCACCCAGUGCGCCUCUUCACCGACCUUCCCAACGACGACGUCCCCUUCGGACUCGCAGUAGUCGACGUCUGCCGGUCUGAGCACGACCCGGUGAACAUCGCCGGGCUGUACCAGAGCCUGCAAUGCUUGGCGCAGGCCCUUGUGCAGAAGGGCACGACGCAUAUCUUCACUGUUCUCACUGGUCUGGGCCCUCAGAGCGCUUUUGCAGCUGUGUCUGUGGAGACGGUGCUCACGGAGCUGAGAGAGUUGAUCCGACGCCUCGCCGCCACCUGCCGGAGCCUACAGCGAGUCACCGUGGCGACCAUCAACCCUAGUACUGCCACGGCUGUUCGUGAGUUUCUCUCUGGUGGGAGGACGGUGCCAGAGGACACGAUUGACAGACUGAAAGGCGCAAUGGCCACCCAUGAGGAGUGGCUGCGCCGUCACGAGUUGAUGGACGCCGCCCGAAGCCUGGUUGCGCAGGCGCAGCAGAGUGGCCAGAGGAAGGAGUAUCACCGCAACCUCUGCGCGGAGAUGCGCCAGUUCGUUGGCCACUACGUCUGCAACUUCCUCUUGGAAGUCUUCGGUGUCCGGGAGGCCUAUGCCAAAACUCUGACGAAGCGCUAUGGAGCCGAGGUGCACGUCAUGGCGGGACAAGCAGCUGAGUGGAUGAAGAGCAACGCUGCAGUCAUCGCACGAAGUGAGGAGGACCAGAGGCGACUGCGCGAGAUCUGCAAAUGCGUGACGGAUGUCAACAGCUCCUACGUGAACCCUGGCAUGCACCCCGAAUCCCUCACGGAAGACAAGCUGCAUGACAUGGAGGGAUCUUUACCGGCCGCCUUCGACCGACUGCUGCGCGUGAUUCAGAGCUCCUCCAACUGGACCCCGGAGCGGGUGGAUGGGGAGGUCCUCCAACAGCUGGCGCCCACCCCGGCGUCCCCGGACAAGCGAGAUCGGGGUGGGUCCCCCAGCAAGAGCCACCCUACGAUGCCAGACCGCGACAGGUCUGAGUCCCCGACGAAGGGGCAGAUCGUCGUUCAGCCAAGAUCCGGCGCGGCCUAUUCGGUGAGCUCUGCGAGCAUCUACGUGGUCAACGGAUCGGUACGGCCCGUCUGCGGCUUCUUUUGCCGUGGUGACUGCAGGCACAUGGGAACCUGUGCAGAUGCACACCCCUGCCGCUUUGGAGUCGGCUGUCGGACGCAGACCCGUGGCUGCGUGUUCGACCACCCGCACGACCCGAAGAAGCCCAUCUGCAGGUUUUUCGUGGAGGGGCGAUGCCACAUGGGCCUUCGCUGCCGCUUUGCCCACCCCGCCGGGAGGUCCUCAUAG